GGGUACCUAUCGCAGACCAGAUCCACACUUCAGCAGCGUAUGGAGUAUUAAAGCAGUGUGGCACAGUCGUAUCAAGUGGUGGGGAGUCUCACUCCGAUAUGGGAGGAGUUCUUUCUUGAGUUUCCGAGAGAGGCUGUAAAGAGUAGAGGAGGACUGUUGCCACUGCUGCUGCUGCUCACCUGAGGUACAACUCAGGUGGCAGUUGCCCUGUAGCGAGGCACAUCGUGCAUCGGCGGCUCUUCGCUAACUUCGAUAUUGCCCAUUUAAAAUCACGAACAGAAUACGUUCUCCACGACCACCUCGUCCACGAUAUGUGUACGAGCCACGUGCGCGAUGUCCUUUUCGAUUUACACCAACACACGAUUACCGCGUCGCUAUUAGAAGUUCGUCAAUGGAUUGAUUUUUCGAACUGACCAUCGUCUCACUUUUUUCGUUUCUCAACACUCUGCGGACUUCCGAAAUUCCUUGAUCAGGUGGACUUUUGGACACUUUGCAGAAACGGAAAAAAAAUAAAUAAUAAAUAAUCGUGUUGUGAUAUGCAAGUUGAUGAACUUCGACACUGACAAAGAACACAAUAUACAAUAUCAAUUCGACAACAGUGUCCGUGAAUUUUACUUCACCGUGCUCAACGUUACGAUAAAGUGCCUUCGUUUUGAUUAUGUGUUUCGCUAGAUCGGAGUCACGAUUACGAUGUCCGUUUAAUGACAUUUAAGUAUGAUAGUCUGGAUAUUCCGGUUGUAAAAGAGACUCGGAAUGACAUUGAACGAGUGCAAAUUAGCAACUCGAUUAAACCCAAGACUCCUAUGAACUGGAUUAUUAGUUGUACGUCUCGUGUCCGCGAGUUUCAGCCAACCCGUUGAUAAAUCAUGAUGGGCGAGCUUAUCCGCGUCUCAGGGAGAACCCCGGACGUUGCUGAAUUUCUGAGGGAAGCGAUGCUGUCCCAAAGAUUCGCCGACGUUGCACUGUGUUGUCCGGGCGGUCAGAGGUUCCUUGCACAUCGUCUGGUCCUAUCGGCUGCAAGUCCAUACCUCCAAGAGGUCCUUUUGGCGCACAGCAGAUCCGCGGGAGGAUUAACUUGCGAACCGAUCACGGUGAUACUGGCGGAAGUCGAGGGGCCGGAACUCGCUGCAAUUUUGGGUUUGAUCUACACCGGAAAUGCGGCAAUAGCACGACCGAGAUUAGACGCGUUUUUGAGAGCGGCGCAAACUCUUCGCGUCAAAUUACCGCCCCUACCGGAAAUGAUGACGUGUACGGAAGACUGCAAACCGGAAGAUAUCAAAGACGUUAAGUUAAACACGACCUAUCUACGAUGCGAUCAGUACCCCCACUUACUACCAUACAGAGGGUGGUUUCGGGAACACGAAGCUAACGUAGAAUCUUACAACACGUACCAUCUGAGAAAGAACGGCGAUCUUAAAAUUCACGAAAGUUCGGAAAAUCUGAAAGUGCAUCCCGCAAACGGUGAACUUCUCCGUGCGAACUCUAGGUACGGCUUACACGGUUCGUGUGAUAUCGGUGAUGGUGAUAAAGGUAACGAUGAUUCCCCGAGGAACACGGAGGAUCUGAAAAGAAGACGUUCCGUAACGGAAGUUGUCGGAUCGCCUGCGGUCGACGAAUCUCCAGACGCGGAAGUAACGGCGAUGAAUCUCUGUAAAAUUUCCGCUAACGUCGAACCCGAUCGAAAAAUCGAAAUUGAGAACGAAAACGACGGCGUCGCGAGAAGCUUACGGUUUUCGGAGAGACGAGUUCACCUGCAAGGGAUCGAGAACGUACAACAGCAGAGCAAUUGUUUGACGAAUUAUUCAACCACGCAGAGGUCAUUCGAGAAACGACGCGGUAGUCCGACGGAGACAUCUUCGUCGCUAACGACGCUUCCGAGGGAAAUCAGGAGACCGUCACCCGUGGAGAGCAAGGACAAUUUUUCACUCGUUACGGGAGAACAGCGAGUGAACGCGUCCGACAAUAGAAAUUACGAAGCACCUAGUAAAAUUUUGGAGAGUCUGUUCGAUUUGAGAGUACCGUCUCUCCAUCAAAUGGGGAAUUUAGAAACGCCGACGACCACCGAGAAGUUCAAUUAUAUACAAAGUGAACAGAACUUGGUGUGCAGAGAGAGCUGCUGCAGGUGGAGACCACCCAGAAAACAUGUAGCAAAUCAAGUUACCGCAUCCCCUUGGAGACAACUCACGAGACCCCACCAUUCUCCUAAGCUAAAGUCCGUGAUGCUGCAAAAUCACCAAACGGCAGACAAUAAUUGCGAGCCUAAUGGAAGACUGCAGAGGCUUUUGUCAACCGAUGUAACGCGAAUGGAUACAAUGGCACCCACGGGAUGUCAGAACGUCAUAAACGAACAGUAUUCAUUACCGGUCGGAAGUUCUCCGAGCUUGAACCACGGUUUCGAUGUUCCUAACGCCGCUAACGCCGCGUAUCCAAGCGAUAUCGAGAUGCUGAGAUUGAAGGAGAGAAAACUACAGGAAUUUUACCGAGCGCAAAUGCUGUUUCCCGGUCCUCAACCGAUCAGGCCGUCCCCGGUGUCCUUCGGGGUCACCCAAAAUUACUACCAAAAUCAAGAUUCUCCCCCUAACUUGCCUCCGCCAACCGUGGUUCCGAUGCAUCCGAAUGCUCUGCCUGGUCUUCCGAUCGGCGCUCCGAUCACACUCCAAAACAUGCCGACCCAUCCAACUGCCGUCGAAGUUGCGGGUCAAAAUUGUUUACCACCACCUCCUUGUAAACCGGAAUUAUCGCAUCCGGUUAGCAGACUUUGCGAUUCGACGAGGAGCGCCGAGCCCCAGAUUAGUCACGACACAAAUAUGGACGUAGAAGAACCUCGAAUUCUUUGUACAUUGGGUGAAAAAACGAACGAGACAAUGGCGCAGCUGAGCGAUUCGAACAACAACAACCCCUCCGCCGGCGACGUUAGUCAAAAUCGGGGGGCGUCCGGACCCGGAUCGGUCACCUCCGACGAUCACAGAUGCGAUCAGUGCGGAAAAUCAUUCGUCACAAGAGCGUCUCUCAAGGUUCACGCUCGGACGCAUUCCGGAGAAAAACCAUUCCAAUGUUCGGAUUGCGGCAAGCAGUUCUCUCAGCUGCGCAACUAUAAAUAUCACCGCAGCGUUCACGAGGGUACGAGGGAGUUCGCCGCGACUUGUCCCGAGUGCGGAAAGUACUUCAACGACCGAGGUUACCUCAGUUCACACAUGAAGAUUCACCGGAAUCGUAAAGAAUACGCGUGCGGUGAGUGCGGUAAAAGCUUCAAUCAGAGAGUAGCGUACAACAUGCACGUCAGGAUACACACCGGCGUCAAACCCCAUCAAUGCGAACAAUGCGGUAAGGCAUUUUCGCGGAAAAUGUUAUUGAAACAACACCUCAGAACUCACUCCGGCGAAAGACCCUACCAGUGUCAGGUGUGCCACAAGGCGUUCGCCGACAGAUCGAACAUGACUCUUCAUACCCGAUUGCAUUCCGGUUUGAAACCGUAUCAGUGUACCCUCUGUUCUAAGGCGUUCACGAAAAAACACCAUCUGAAAACACACCUCAAUUAUCACACGGGUACCAAACCGUAUUCGUGUCCGAAUUGCGGCUUGAGGUUUUCACAAAGCAGCAACAUGCGGACGCAUUUCAAAAAGUGCGCGGUCAACAAUCCAAAUUCAAAUCAGAUGGUAUCCAACGGGGAUCGACUAAACGCUCAAGGUUCCCGAGAGAUCGAAGUCUUGACGACCUUGAAUAACGUCGGUCCGAGAACACCCUCCGCUGCCUUAACUCCGCCCAAUUCCGACCAAGAAUCCAGCGUUCUGCCCCCGUUAUCUUCGCGAGGUUUACCGCCUGAGAUUACCAAGUCGUGAUCGACGCUAUUUUUUCACACGAUAGCUCGUUGCGAAGAGUAUAGAAAAUUUUUUGUAAAUAAAUUAGUUAGCUCCUUGUACAAUGUCGCAAUCCCAUUCGGAACCGUCGGCAUUUCUACGUUCGGACAAUGAAGAGAUCGUAUUAAAGAAUUCACCUUCGAUUUCCAAUCUCGUAUAUAUUGAACAGGGUCAAUCGAGAUGAAUGGUUUUCGGUUCGGUGUCGCCUUCGUUGAAUCUCUCGGAUCGGAUCGUCCUUGCGCCGCCGACGAUCCGAUCCGUUCGUUCCCACAAUCUUUUUCUCCACAAUUCUAUACGUGGAAAAAGUUGUCGAUGAGAUAAUCAAGUAUUGAAAUAGAGUAAUAUAUAAUUUGUGUAAUUCUAUGUACAUGUAAUAUAUCGCAACGAAUUUUUUAAUAUAUAUAUAUAAAUAUACGAAUGAAAAAAAAAAAAAUAUGUGACGUAAAGAAG